AUGACCGUACUGAGCAAGCCGCUGCCUCUGGAGAUAUGGAUAAACAUCGUCGAGUUGCACGACCGCAGGGCGGAUGCGAGCACCUUGCGUGCCCUUUCUCGCUGUUGCCGCGCCCUCGCUUGCUUAUGCCAACAGAUCCUCUUCAGGGACCUCCAUAUUCCCCGAGGAUAUCACGGAUUACUGGUCAGUAGACCCGGCGCACUCGCGCGCCUAGAAUACACGUUCACUCAAUCCCCCCAUCUCGCCACGUUUGUGCGCAAAGUGCGCUAUACGAUCGAGGAGGAGGAUUCAGAGAACACGACUGUCCACUGGAUCCUAAACCAGCUCACCCGGGAUAGCCUCGCAAGCGUGCACAUGGAAUAUGUUGCCAGGACACCAUACAGGCCACACCUCGACUGGGACACGCUCGACACGCGACUGCGCUCGUCCAUCAUGCACCUCGUCAAGUCUCCGCGUCUCAAAUCCCUGUCUCUCUCGUGGAUCAAGAACAUGCCUUCGUCGCUUUUCGUAUCCCUGUCCUCGGAUCUCACGAAGGUGAGGCUCUACGGUGUCGAGGUUAAACUACAACCGCAUUUCGACGAAUUUGAAGGCACGAAUUCUGACGUUACUCCAAGACGAGUAGACGUCGUGCAGACUGAGAGGAGACUCCCGCAUAUCAACAAUCUGCACUACAAUUAUCACGACACGGGUGGCGUUUUGGCUUUCCGCCCCUUCGUAUUCGACUUUGAGCAGCUUCGGUUCCUCUGUAUCAGUUGGGGAAAUGAGCCCCAAUGCGCGCUCGGGAAGGAGCUUAUGAAGGCCGCGAACAAACUCGAAGGUCUAGUGUGUGUAGUCGACUGUCCGCAGAAAUCGACAGCAGGUCUGGCGCAGGCCAUUCUGGACUACAAUAUGGAUGUCAGCCUUACGGCACUGACCAUCGCCCUCGCGCACAAAACAGCCAUGCCAACGACCCCAGACCCCGACGAGUAUGACCUGUUCCUAGGUCUCAUCGAAGAGCUCGAGCUCCUCGCGGGAAAGAACACCAUGAAGCACCUCAUGGUUCGCUUCGACACUACAAAGGAGGCCCAUGACAGGCUCACGGGCUGCCUAAGACGGUUCGACGAGAUCGUCACCCGCGAGGCCUUCCCGCACCUUGAGCGCUUUGAGUUGGAAAUCUGCAUUCAUUGCUUAGAUCCGUCAGCCUCCAAUGUUGCACAUUCAGCACCCAACACUCAGCAUGACCAAGACCGAAGAGCCGCCGUGUACUUCCUGGCAAAGGACCUCGUAGACGACGGACUGUACGGAACCUGGGAUAUGGCCAUUGCGUUACUAAAGUCUCGAGCUCGUUUCUUGUUACACAAUGUGUCCGAUACCGUCCCAAGUACUGCAUGGCCAGCGGGGCCUCAUCCUUGUGGGGGGUGGUUCCACACCUGUCGCUUUGUCAAGGACAUCCUCCAGAAACUUAACGACAUCCUUAACCAGAUCCGUCUACAGCGCGAAGAUAUGGUCGUCUUCUAUUGA